GAUUCGACGGAAGCUCGCACCGUAGCUCGUCUGCCGUCGGAUCCCACGCUUCCCACAGGCUCCCAGGAGAUCGGCCGUACCGGAGCGAUUUCACGUUUGCCGCGUCGAUAGUCAAGUGAUUUUAUUCUAGACCAGCAGCCCAACCGACAAGAAAGCCGAAACUCUUUUUAUUUUAGAAACUUUUCCCUCCCGGUGUGUAGUGCUGCUGCGUGGCGUUCUCGUGAAAUACUUCGUUUUACAGCGAAAACGUGCAGCCGAUCCGCCGGUUGUCUUUGGCGUGGCUUGUGCGGUGAGCGUCGGCUAUCUGGGACUCUCAAAAAAGUAAUUAAUGCUGAGUCACUCGAUCGUCAGCGACAGGCCUGUUUUGGUGGUGCGACUUUGUUUUUGUGACAUCGGUGGAAAAGUUUCGCCGUGGUCGACUGCGCACAGAAGGCUAUCAGCGAAAGAUCGAGGACCCCACGUCGAAGCAGCCGUGGCCCCCCGUUGCCACCAGUUCGAGCUAGAGGAGCCUCCGACAAGACGCCGGACGAGAACAUGCGAGAGAAGUCCUGUUAACUCCGGUUCGAACAUGUGCGGACGACGAUCAUGCAUAUCAUUGUGUGUGAUAUCCCUGCUGUCCGUUGUGCUGGGCAUGCUGACACUCCUAGGCUUCGACAACAUCUUCAGGCUCAUCCUGAACAAGGAGGUGUCUCUCGCAGAGCACUCGCGGGCUUUCCCCAUGUGGAGGGACGUUGGUCACGAUACCUUGGUGCGCUUCUACUUCUUCAACGUAACAAAUCCCGACGAGGCCUUGACAGGACGAAAACCAUCGGUGAAGGAACUUGGGCCAUACACUUACAGGGCUGAGUGGGUCAAGCACAACAUAACAUUCCAUGACAAUGGCACAAUGUCAUACACAGAGACCAAGCGCUAUUACUUUGAAAGAAGUCUUUCCAUAGGGCCCGAAGAGGACGAGAUCAUGACGGUCAAUGUACCUUUUGUGACCACCGCCCAGCUUCUGAAGGAGCAGAACUUCAUCAUCCGCGGCAUCGCCUCUCUGACCCUGUCUGGCCUGGGCCAACGCAUCUUCAUCUCUCGCACGGUGGGCCAGCUCACCUUCGGCGGCUACCCCGACAUCCUCAUCCUGCUGGGCUCCGUCGUGGACUCCGGUUGCCCGAGGCCCGGCCAGCCAGGGUUCAACAUCCAGGACGUGUUCCGGAAUGGCUACCGGGCCGUCACCAAGGUCCUUGGAUCUCUCGUGGACCCCAACCAGCAGGGGACCAACGGAAAGUUCGGCUACAUGAUUAACAAAAAUGACACGGUCGACGGAGAGUACACAAUCUUCACGGGGGAAAACGACAUCUCUCAAGUGAACAAGGUCUACGAGUUCAACAAGCAAAGGGAACUGAAUGUGUGGCACGGUGAGGAAUGCAACCAGCUGAAGGGAACACUGGGACACCUUCGCCCACCCCUGUCUAAAGAUGACGAACAAGUCAUCUUCAUUCCCGACAUAUGCAGGUCCAUUCCGACGGAGAAUAUGGGCUACGAGGACUUCAUGGGCCUGAAGGUCAAACGCUUUGUGGCUGGCCCGUUGGCCUUCGACAGUGGCCAGAAGUUCCGCGAAAACAGCUGUUUUGCCGCUGGAAAGGAACUGCCGGAAGGGGGCACUGACCUCGGACCCUGCAAGCAGGGUGCUCCUCUGGUGCUCUCCUUCCCCCAUUUCCUCUACGCCGACCCGGCCUACCUGGCCGACGUUGACGGCCUCCACCCGGAUGUCACCAAGCACCAAUUUUUCUUCAACAGCGAACCCACCCUCGGCGUCACCGUGAAUGUUCGUGGUCGCAUUCAAGUGAGCGUGGUUCUGGAGCGGGUCUUUGGUCUUGGUCCCUUCUCACAAGUGGCAGAAGGCGUGCUUCCCCUUUUCUGGCAAGAAACUUAUGUUGAGGCUCGGGGGGACACCCUCAAGAUGCUGAGGACCAUAGUAAACCUUCCAGAAUACGUCCAGUGGUUCUCUGUUGGAAUCAUCAUAGUCAGCUCCAUCGCACUGGCCAGCACAGCAUUUGCCCUGUUCAGGCCUCGAACCAGACGGGGCGACAUCACCAAAGUCCGGCCCAUCAACGGCGCAAGUAAGGCGAAGUACGCGGACACCCACUGCGCCGAUAUCUUGCCAAACAAGGUGGAGCGCAUCAUCCAGAACGGCCUGGAGCGGCUGCCCAACACCUUCGGCAUCACGGCGGCGCGCAACAACUUCAUCAACGAGUUAAAGAGCGGCAACAACAACAACCCAAGGCGUCCCUCAGAACCGUCCGCACCGCCCGAAGUCAACAUCUACAAGUCGUGACCCCUUGGACGUGCCUAUCUGAGCGUUCUUUCUUAGCGGCGGAGACCUACGCUUCCCGUGUAAAUAGUUAGGGACCACCGACCUGUGAAAGUGAACCGCAUGCCAUGUUCGGGUUGGCCCUCGGGUUUUGGGACACUGCAAACAAGCUCAAUUUUCGCUACCAAGGAAAAGCCAAAAAUGACGAGCCAUCCGUGAAUGAAAGUGAGAGCUGACAGGCUUGUGCCAACACCUCGUAGAUAAGAAGACCUAAGCGCUGAAUUUUUGGCGUCGCCAACAGAAGGCCAACUUGGAGCGUACAAAACUGCCGUGUCAGCAUUCAGCUGGAACUCGCGUCGUCGCUGAUUAAAUGCGAGUCUCAGCCAAACGCUGGUGCAGUGCUUGUGUCCAAUCCAUGCUUCACGCUGGCCUUCUUUAGCUGAUGUCGAAGAUUUGGCACUUUGGCUUUGGUACCUAGGAAGUGUCGCUGGUGCUGUGGCGUCAUUUGCCAUGCUGGAUUAGUGUUUUGCGUGAUGUAUGGAAGUUUUAAGAAAAUGAGCAAAUUACCGCAGACAUUUGCCAUUGCUUACAGAGCAAGCCAAAUAUGAGUCGCCUUUGUAUGGAAAAUUUUGCACACCUGUCUGUGGAUGCACGCAUAUCUUUCAUGUUGAGAUGACGUCUAAAGUGAGGAUCACGUCCGUGAUCUGAUUUGAUUGAAGUAUGUGUGUUCUGACUCCUGAGAUCUGCAAAGCAGCCCUAGAAAUGGUCUGUCGUAAUCGAUGUCACAAUGGGAAGAGCAUUGUGAAAACAGACAAUGAUGAUGCGAAGCUAUUCUGCUUAAUAUGGUCCCUGCGCGCUCUGCAAAAAAUUUGUACCAUGUUGGAAGUGCUCUUACGCCUGAAAGUUUGAUCUGUAAAGACAUGUUCGUAAAUGGCUCCAUAGUUGUUGGCCACAAACUUGGUGUACCACAGCCUUUGAUGGAAUCUGUACCAUCUAGCAUAUAAUAUAUCUUUUCUAAGUGUUUUGUAAAAUCUUUAAAUGAGAUGCAGAAACUAUGAUGGUCUGCAUAGGGUAGGUUGACAAGGUUAACCUAAAGCCAUUUUAACCUCUUGUCCUAGUAAUUACAAAGUUUGAUGCCUGAGUUGUAUGUGUAGACUCUGAAUUUGUGUUCUGGUAACAUUUGUGUGUGUGUGCAUAUAUAUGCACUGUACAGUUUGUAGCAAUGAAGAUGACCCUUUCAAGGUAACUAUACUGUGUAACUAUGCAGCAAUACGUUUAAUACAGGCUUUUUUUCUCUAGCAGCAUUUCCAAGAUGAAUUUCAAUUAUACUCAGCGUAACACAAUACUCCUGUCGAUCACGGAUGCCUUUUCAAGUACAAACAAUAGCACAAUGAUGCUACACAGUAUUUUUAAGCAAACGUGACAGCGAGGCCUUUUUUGACGCAUUAAAUAUGCCACACUUUGACCAGCCUGGUCAAAGUAUUGCAGUAUUGUCAUUGUAAUGAGUGGAACCUGCAUGUCCAAUCAAGUGCUUCAUCAUGAGAAACAUGUUUGUUUCUUACAUAUAUGUAUUUAUCACCAUUUCCUAUUGCAAAUACUAUGCAUAAUUCAAACCUAUUUGGCCCGACGCAGGGAGAAACACUGUUUUCUACUUCAGAGCUAUCUAAGCAGUUCCAGUUCUAUGGGACUUGCAAAUCAGAUCCUUUGGUGUACAUAGCAAAUUUCUACCCAGCACCUGUUGGUAUAUGUGUUAGAUAGACUAGACUUCACAACCAUUUUUUUUGUUUGGAAAUACUUCGUUGGUCUUUUUAAUAACAUUCCAGCAGCAGUGUCCAGAUUUUUUUUUAUUUGCCACUGUGAUAAGAAAGUGUCUGUGCUCAUAUUCCAGCUGGAAAAUACAUUUUUUAAGGGUCAUACCAAAGGCACUGUGCAAGGAAUGAAAUAUAUUUAUAGUAAUAAAGGAAUUGACAGCCA